UUAUACAUUUUUUUUUAUAUAGAUUUUUGAAAGUAGAGAAGAUAUGUUAGCUUGGGCACGGAGCGUUGGUCUAAAAUAUGGUAUUGUGGUGGUUAUUUUAAAUUCUGCUAAGUUAAAAGGCGGCAAAUUGCCGAAGUGCAUUCUUGGUUGCGAAAGAGGAGGAAAGUACGAACCGCCACGGUAUUUGGUUGAAGGGCAAUCCUUGCAAAGAAAUACUGGGACUAGAAAAUGCGAUUGCCCAUUUCAACUGCGAGGUAUACCACAACAUCCAUACGGUAUCAGGUGGGGUUUAGAGGUUAUUAGUGGUGUCCAUAACCAUGAAAUAGCAAAACAUAUUGAGGGCCACGAGUACCCGUCAAGGCUAAAACCAAUAGAGAAACAAUUUGUGGUCGACAUGGCCAACAGUACUGCGCCUCGUGAGAUUCUUAAUAUUUUGAAGCAAAAAGACCCGUCAAACACUACGGGAAUCAAGAGCAUUUAUAACACCAUUUUUUCAAACAAAGCAGCCAAACUGGACGGUUUAACUCCUAUUCAGUAUGUCAUACGUCAAUUACUUAAGGAACAUUACCUCCAUCAAUUUCUUACAAAUCCGGAUACUAACGAAAUCACAGAUAUUAUUUGGGUUCAUCCUAUGAGUCUAGAGCUAUCUGUCAACUUUCCGUCUGUACUGAUCAUUGACGCCACGUACAAGACCAAUGAGUAUCGAAAACCACUAUUGGAGGUUGUGGGUAUCACAUCCACAUGGCGAACUUACUCGCUUAUGUUCGCUUAUCUUAGUAAUGAGAGAGAAGAGACAUUGACAUGGGCAUUGGAUAACUUAAAAAACUGGAUGCUUCAAAAGGGGGCGUCGAUGCCAUUGGUGUUUGUUUCAGAUCGGGAUUUAGCGCUUAUGAACGCCAUUGAAACAUGUUUCCCUACGGCACGUCACAUCUUGUGUAUUUGGCACAUAAAUCAGUGCGUCAUGAAGAACUGCAGCCGUGUGCUUGGUUCGGAAUGGAAGCGCUUCGUCAAGUCAUGGCACUCGCUUAUCAAUUCAUCUACACCUUCGUCUUUCGAACAUAAGUGGCAAGCCAUGUGCGACGAUUUUCGCCAGUUUCCGUAUGUCAUAACUUACCUGUGGCAAACAUGGUUAAGGUCGUACAAAGAGCGGUUUGUUUCAGCAUGGACAGAUACAUGUAUGCACCUCGGAAGCAAUUCAAGUCAAAGGGCAGAGUCUGCACAUGCGAGGCUAAAGCUAUAUUUAGGGGAUACCAUGUCAUCACUACAAACAUCUUUUGAUAAAAUACAUAAGAUGUUGAAAAAUCAGUUCGGGGAAAUUAAGAAGUCGUUCGAGAAAUCAUUGAACAUUCCACGCCACAAACAAUUACGUGACGACAUUUUUGAUCAGGUAAGGUGUCGUAUUUCAUUAGAGGCAAUGGAGUUCAUACAUGAUCAGCUAGAAACCGCUUUAGAAGUAUCCCCCCACAUUGUUGGCUAUUGCAACUGUACGAUCAAAAUCACACACGGAUUGCCAUGCAUGCACGAUCUUGCAUAUUAUCGUUCCAUUUCCACUCCAAUUCCGCUAUGGAGUAUCCACGCUCAUUGGACUAGGUUGUCUAUGCACGCAACCGAGUUUAAUGAGGAGGGAGCACGAUCUGACAGGACAUCUCAGGUCGUUGAGAUAUUAGAUGGGAUGGAUCCACCUAUGCGAGAGCAUAUCAUAGACAGGAUUAUCGAUAUGGCAGAUCCAUCUCGUAGCACAAUUCGACCUCCAUCGUACAACACAGAACAUAGAGGUCGACCUACAGGUAGAGAUGAGCAAAGUACACGUCGCAUACCUUCUUUCUCAGAAGCAUCCACUUCAGGAUCAAGGACUGCAACAUCGCGAGUGAGAGGGAGAGGGAGACGUGGGAGGGGUUCGGGGGUUCGCAACACUCAAUUUAUAGUUCCAUCCAUCAUUGAUCCCUACAUUCAACGAUUACCUCAGGCUUAUCAGCGUUAUAUUUCCCACACUGUUGACGUGCUUGGUGAUGGUCAUUGUGGAUUCAGGGCGAUAGCUGCACUAAUCGGGUAUAGUGAAAAUGAUUGGAGUCGAGUACGAGAGGAGCUUAUUGAAGAGAUUCAACAAAAUUAUUAUCUAUACACCGAGAUUUAUCCAGUAAAUGAUUGGGCAAAGCAUCUACUAAUUUUACUAAAUUGGUUCGAGCCUACGGCACCAAAGGAUCACUGGAUGGAGGCUAUGACUUUGGGAGUUGUCAUCGCAACAAGGUACAACCUAGUACUGCAUACAUUUGAUGAGGAUGUUUACGGUUGUUUUACUCAUUUGCCAUUGAGGUCCCCUCCAGUUUCAGUCGAAUACCGCCGGGAAAUUGCUAUUGCCCGUGUUAACAACGAUCACUUCGUGCAAAUUUUCUUAGAACCUAAUUACCCUGUACCACCCAUCCCAAUAUGGUGGGAGGAGCAUUCAUCGGAUGAAGCUAAAGGAUGGGCUGCCAGUUAUGAAACACGUUUGCUAUUGUGGUACGAAGUAAUGGGUAUAAGCAUGCCGGGAGCAGCAUUUGGAGGAGAUAUUGAUUAAAAUUUGUGUUUUUAUGUAUUUUCAUGUUUUGACAAUAUGUACUCAAUUAUAAUAAAAUGAAAUUUUAUUUCAAUUUAUUAUUGUUCAUUACAAGUUAUUUUUAUUAUUCAUUGUUAAGACUAAUUAACUAAUUAAAAUAAUAUAAAUUUAUUAAGCAUAAAGUCAAUUUUAAUUGAAAAUAGAAUUUGAGUUAACCAAAAAAAAAAUAAAGAAGGGAGGUAAAGGGGAAAAGAAACAAAUAAAGAAAAUAGAAAAGAUUAUU